AUGGCCUCCGCAGAGUUGCAGGGGAAGUACCAGAAGCUGGCUCAGGAGUACUCGAAGCUUCGGGCUCAGAAUCAGGUCCUGAAAAAAGGUGUUGUGGAUGAACAAGCGAAUUCUGCUGCUUUAAAGGAACAACUGAAAAUGAAGGAUCAGUCAUUGAGAAAACUGCAGCAAGAAAUGGACAGUUUGACAUUUCGAAAUCUGCAGCUUGCCAAGAGGGUAGAACUACUUCAAGAUGAAUUGGCUGUAAGUGAACCCCGAGGCAAGAAAAACAAGAAAAGUGGAGAAUCUUCUUCUCAGUUGAGUCAAGAGCAGAAGAGUGUCUUUGAUGAAGAUCUACAAAAGAAGAUAGAAGAGAAUGAACGGUUACAUAUACAAUUUUUUGAAGCUGAUGAGCAGCACAAGCAUGUGGAAGCAGAGCUGAGGAGUCGACUGGCCACCCUGGAGAUGGAGGCGGCCCAGCACCAAGCCGUGGUUGAUGGCCUGACGCGGAAGUACAUGGAAACGAUCGAGAAACUGCAGAAUGACAAGGCCAAACUAGAAGUAAAAUCUCAGACUCUAGAAAAGGAGGCCAAGGAAUGUCGGCUUCGAACAGAAGAAUGUCAAUUACAGUUAAAGAACCUUCAUGAAGAUUUGUCAGGUAGAUUAGAGGAGUCCUUAUCAAUCAUCAGUGAAAAAGUACCUUUUAAUGAUACAAAAUAUAGUCAGUAUAACGCUCUGAACGUUCCACUCCACAAUAGGAGACAUCAGCUGAAGAUGCGGGACAUUGCUGGGCAGGCCCUGGCUUUUGUUCAAGAUCUUGUGACGGCUCUACUGAACUUUCACACCUAUACAGAACAGAGGAUUCAGAUUUUUCCUAUUGAUUCUGCCAUUGACACUAUAUCUCCGUUGAAUCAGAAGUUCUCACAAUACCUUCAUGAAAAUGCGUCCUACGUCCGCCCUCUUGAGGAAGGAAUGCUUCAUUUAUUUGAAAGUAUUACUGAGGAUACUGUGACUGUCCUGGAGACUACUGUGAAAUUGAAAACUUUUUCAGAGCACUUAACCUCUUACAUAUGUUUUCUUAGGAAGAUUCUUCCUUAUCAGUUAAAAAGUUUAGAAGAAGAAUGUGAAUCUUCUCUUUGCACAUCUGCGUUGAGAGCCAGGAAUCUAGAGCUGUCUCAGGACAUGAGAAAAAUGACAGCUGUGUUUGAGAAGCUGCAGACUUACGUCGGUCUUCUCGCCUUGCCAAGUACAGAGCCAGAUGGACUCCUUCGGACGAACUAUAGUUCUGUCUUAACAAAUGUUGGUGCUGCUCUGCAUGGAUUUCAUGAUGUCAUGAAAGAUAUCUCUAAACAUUACAAUCAGAAAGCUACAAUAGAGCAUGAACUUCCAACAGCAACACAGAAGCUCAUUACAACUAAUGACUGUAUCCUGUCCUCAGUAGUAGCAUUAACAAAUGGAGCAGGAAAGAUUGCAUCUUUCUUCAGCAACAAUGUGGACUACUUCAUUGCUUCUCUGAGCUACGGGCCUAAGGCAGCGAGUGGCUUCAUUAGUCCUCUUUCAGCUGAGUGCAUGCUGCAAUACAAGAAAAAAGCUGCCGCCUAUAUGAAGGCUCUGAGAAAGCCCCUCUUGGAGUCUGUGCCUUACGAAGAAGCUCUGGCAAACCGCCGGGUCCUUCUCAGCUCUACUGAAAGUCGAGAAGGCCUUGCACAACAGGUUCAGCAGAGUCUGGAAAAGAUUUCUAAACUGGAGCAGGAAAAAGAGCAUUGGAUGUUGGAAGCACAGUUAGCCAAAAUCAAGCUGGAGAAAGAAAACCAGCGAAUUGCAGAUAAGCUGAAGAGUACAAGCAUCGGGCAGGGGGUUGGGCCAGCCCAGGAAAAUCCCACUGGGAUGAAUGCAGGGGGCCAGGAAGAAGCCUCAACCAAGGCUGUGCUGGAGCCUAUUCACAGCACCAGUCUGAUUGGGAUUUUAACCAGGACAUCUGACAAUGAGGUUCCAGAUGUGGAGUCUCGUGAAGACUUAAUUAAAAAUCACUACAUGGCAAGGAUAGUGGAGCUGACAUCUCAACUGCAGCUGGCUGACAGCAAGUCAGUGCAUUUUUACGCCGAGUGCCGAGCACUCUCUAAGAGACUGGCCUUGGCCGAAAAGUCUAAAGAGGCACUGACGGAAGAGAUGAAAGUAGCUGGUCAGAACAUCAGCAGACUUCAGGAUGAGCUGACAACUACCAAGAGGAGUUAUGAGGAUCAGUUAAGUAUGAUGAGUGACCACCUGUGCAGCAUGAACGAGACAUUAUCUAAACAGAGAGAAGAGAUUGACACACUGAAGAUGUCCAGUAAGGGAAAUUCUAAAAAGAACAAGAGCCGAUAGUUUACACAUAGAUGG